AUGCCCAAGUCUAUCGGAGGACUGACCUCUCCGAGGCUCUUUAACCUGUAUGUGAAUGCGCUGAUAGAGGAGCUCAGCAGAACGCAUGUAGGUUGUCAUGUCGGAGGGGUGUGCAUAAACAAUAUCAGCUAUGCUGACGAUAUGGUGCUGCUGAGCGCCUCUGUUUGCGGGUUGUCGAGGAUGAUUGGCAUUUGUCAGCAGUAUGCUGAAAAGCAUGGUUUAGUUUACAACACGAAGAAAAGCGAGUGCAUGGUCUUUCGGGCCAAGAAGAGAUGUCCGGCUCAGAUACCAAAAAUAAUUCUAAAUGGACACCCUCUCAAGAGAGUAGAUACUUUUAAAUAUCUUGGACAUAUUCUGACCUCAGACCUGGAAGACGAUGCUGAUAUUGAGCGGGAGCGUAGGGCGCUGUCUGUUCGUGCGAAUAUGAUAGCCCGUAGAUUUGCAAGAUGUUCGGAGAAUGUCAAGAUAACCUUGUUUAGAGCAUUUUGUACGUCUUUCUAUACGGGGGCUUUGUGGUUGAGUUAUACGCAGAAACAGUACAGCGCUCUGCGUGUUCAAUACAAUAACGCGUUCAGGAUGCUCUUGGGGCUGCCUCGCUUUUGUAGCGCAUCGGGUAUGUUUGCCAGCGCACGGGUAGACUGCUUCAACACAAUCAUGCGCAAGCGGUGCACGUCAUUAGUGAACAGGGUGCGGGGCAGCCGCAAUAGUAUCCUGAGCGCCUUUGCUGAACGUUUUGACUGUCAGUACAUGAACCACUGUUGUAUGGUUCAUGUACUGGCUAAUGUGAAAUUAUUGUUUUGA